AUGUCCUAUCGCGGAAGGCCCAGCAAGGGUUGCGAGGCUUGUCGAGCCCGUAAGGUCAAGUGCGACGAGGCUAGGCCGGCUUGCAGUCGAUGCACAAAGGCGAGCCACGAGUGCAAGUAUCGCGACCAAGCCGAUAUCCUCUUUCGGAACCAGACUGCUUCGGCAGCACAGCGAGCCGAGGAAUCAUGGCGGAAGAGAUCAAAGUCCCACCAACGUCCAACCACGGCAGAAACAAACACGACUGCCUAUGUCAAGACGCCUCCAAGCGAUGCAUCUACUCCGCCCACGCUCGACGACACACGCUCCUCGAGUGGGAGUGUGCACUCGCCCAGCGGGUCCACUGAUGACGCUACCCAGGAUGCAUCCAACAUUUCACUGGCUACCAUUGACCUAAGCAAAAUGACCAUUACGCCGGCACCCAAUCCGGACUUCCGCCGCAAAGCAUUUGAGCGAUUCGUCUAUGACUUUGUACUGCCCGACUCCCCCACCAUGCCAAAGGACGAGCCGUCAGACGCCUUGUGGACUUUUAUUCCCGUGCUGUACCAGGGUGCCUCGGAGGACUCGUUGAUAGCUACUACUGUUGAUGCUGUUGCAUAUGUCAACUAUGCAAACAGAUACAAGGAUGCCCAUGCCGCUGCAUUAGGCGAGGAGUGCGUUGCUAAAGCCAUUCCCAUGCUAACAAAGGUGAUUGCGGACAAGAAGCGAUCGGCUACCAAUGAGGCCUUGUGCUCAGUUUAUCUUAUGGGGGUUUAUGAGAACCUCACCAAUGUGCAGCGAAAAGGCACGUUUAUUGCCCAUAAUCAUGGUGCUACUGCGUUGCUCCAGCUACGAACUGUCGAGCAGUACUACAGUGACCCGAUUUCAGCCAGAUUGUAUGAAGUAGCCUAUGCACAAAUGUUACUCGGCAACCUACAGUCAGCAAAGCGCCCGCCCAUCCCCAAAAAAGACGUAAUCAAGGUGGAGGGGUACCUUCCUAGUCUUUACAGCAAUUCUCACGUGUUUGUCAUCCGUCUAAUAUGGAGAGAAGCCAUGUUGCAUGCAAAGUGGCAUGAGAUUAAGCAAAGCGCGAACCCGCCCACUAGUCGCUUAGCUAUGCUAGAGAUUUUCCAGACCGCUAUCGAACUAGAUAGCGCGUUUCAAGCCUGGGAAUCGCCCCUCACGCCGGCCUGGGAUUACCACAUGGCACCAAAUACACCAGAGGCUCGGACAGCUUAUGAUGAAAAAUGGCGGAAUCUCUUCCUAGCGAGUCGAGGUGCGCCGCCAGAGAUUCAUGCAUACCAAAGCCUGAAGAGGUGCUGGAUCUGGGGCUUUUUCAGAACCACUCGCAUAUUCCUCCUCCGUGACCUUCUUGAAAUACUUAAUUGGUUGUUGCGAUUCCCAGAGCCGGCCCUGCCUUAUCCUCCUAUGGCCGAGGGCGGUUCUACAACCACUAAUGGGCAGUCUGUUUCUGUUUCACUCAGCACCAAGAGUCUGCGUAUGCAACAAUCGAUCACUACUACCCACUUGGUUGAGGUCAUUGACAAGAAUUGCUCAGCACUAUUUGGUAGCUUUACAGUCCCGAUACACCUCAAAUCAUAUAAUGAUGUUGUUGGGAUGAGAGGUUAUGUUUGUUUGUGGCCGCUGGGUAUCAUGGACGCUGCUCUGAGCUCGGGCCUGGUUCCUGAUGUUAACGGGCCAGGAAGCGGACAACCGUCGCCAGCAACCCACUUUCCGACGUUCCAGACAUCGCCAAACAGCGAUUCUUUCCAGUCGAACCCGGGCACGGAAUUUAAAAAUGCCUAUGCAUUGGCACCACAAUUCUCGGAGCUCGCCACCAUAGUGCCGAAACUGGAAGCAUCAAGUGCAAGCAACAGUCCAGUGAACAGCACACCAGUAUACGACCACAUGGCGAAGAAGAACCACAUUUUCGACUCCAACCCGGCACACCCGUAUGACAGUCCAGUGCAUCUUCCGGUAGACUUUGACAUACCUGAACCAAAGAAGAUGGACGUUGCUUCAAGACGUGAGUGGGUCAACCGCCUCUUAUACUAUCUAGGGACGGAGCUGGGACUCAAGAAGGCGCUAUAUGUGCCGCUUACUGAGGGGUACUUGCCGGUCGUGAAGCCUGCUGUUGAUCAUAUUCUGGGUCGGUGA